AUGAGGUGGUUUGGCAGCGACAACACUGGCAGCUCGGACACGGACUUCGGCGUGUUCUCGGGCUUCCACAGCCUCGUAUUAAUCUACGACACCGGCCCGUAUGGGUUGGUGGCGCAGGUGGCGGUCGGCUUGGCGAACGUGAACACCAUCUGCCCCACGGUGAAUGCUGAGAUGCUUUCGGUGCCUCCUGGCUCUUGCAGCGGCGCUUCGUGCCCCGAGGUCAGAAAGGGCGAGCGCAUGGGGUUCUUUCUAUGCGGCGGGUCGCUGAACAUCCCCCUCUUGCAGCCUGGCGCGUUCGCUUCCCCGGACCUCCUCAUGGGCAACCGCCUCGGCAGCAUGAGCGCCAUAUAAUAGCCUCCCCCGCCCUGAGCGUCAUCGCGCGAAUGCGCAGCAGGAGUGCCCGUGAGGUCAAGCGGCACGGCUCUGGAGAGGUUGAGGGGGGCAAGCCAGAUUCGAGGAGAUUUGUCCACCGCCGAGCUGAGGCGCCACUGUUCUCGCACUGCGCCUUUUGAGGUCGCGGGAGGGGCGGGCAGGCCGGUCAGGUGGUUUGCCCGCCCCGCGCGCUCCGACCUUUCGGAACCACUCAUGCUAUGACUUUGAAGUCCCCACCUUCCCCCUUCAUCCUCCUCCCCUCUUUUCAGAGCCCUUCUUCCUUUUUCUCCACCUCUUCCUCCUUCCGUCAGUCUUGCGCCUCGCAUGCCAAGUUGACUGGUCUGAGCACUACGUGGUCCGAGCGUGGCCUGGGCAUUGGCAUUGGCUAAACCCUCACCAGGUGCUGCCACUCUGGCUGGCCAGCCUUGCCCGCCACCUCCCCUCCCCUCCUCUCAUUGCGCCGCUGCCAAGCAUAAUUAUGAUCUUUCUCCUGCGGUCGAGCUUGCACGACGUUUAUGUGUAUCGUGGCGCAGUCGAGCCGAGUCAAACAUGGUUCCGUGCUGGCGCGGUCCGAUUCGACAAAGGUUGCGAUCCGUCGCCGCGGAUGUUGUCCAUUUGGGGCAAGCGUCGCCAGUUUUGGACAGCAUUUGCUGUUGGGAAGCGUCCCCAUUUUUGCCGCCCCCAUUUCAGGCGCCAGCAGCAACGAAAAAUUCCGGUUCUGAGCGAGCGCUUCGCUGAGAGAUUUUUUUCCCGGAAAGGGCUUUGGCCCAGGGUUCUCUUUUACUAGGUAAACCUGUCCCCCGGUGCCUGCUUGAAGGAGGCCGGCGAAUUGCCGGCGAAUUUUUUCCCUG